UUGCUGAAGACGACGACGACGCUCUCCGUAGGAAAUAAAAAGUGACACCCACGGAUAUGGAGGAGAAGUCUUUCAAGUCCUUGACUUUCACGGACAUCGGAAACCUCACCCAGAGGGGGGCUCUGUACAAGGACGGCGAGCGGAAUUCGAAUCACUUAUGCAAUCAGCUUCUUUUCUUCUGUGGUGUGGCGGAUGUUGUGCUGUUCUUGGGCAAGCCGCACGCGCAGGUGGUGUGGAGUCUGCUUCAGCAGGGAAGGCACGUCUUGGCCAAGGAUGGGGACACAACGCAGCUCGAAUACACCGUGCAGUAUGUCACACAUGAAGUGUCGUCCAAGGCUUACCCAUGCGAUUUCCACCAUGUCGUGGUCGAGCCCGUUUAUGACCCGAACAAGGACAUAUUCUUCAAGUUGACUUCGAAGAAAAGGCGCCAGGUCUACUCCUUCCUUUACGGCGAACAACCAAGGUUGAGAUUUGACCCGCAGUACGUGGUGCGGAAGGAAGUCGCCAUUGCGGUCCUCCAGGGCUACCACGGAGCGAGUCGGGCCGGCGCUGUGAGCUUCAUUAAGAGGUUGGAAUAUGUGUUUUUUAACGAGAAUGUUGUCGAUCGGGCCCACUUCCCUUUGGAUAACUACAAGCUGACAUUCGGUGAGGAGGACGACUUCAAUAUCGAGAAUGAGCAGGAGGAGAGCAUUGAGGACGACCUCUUCGAUUUGGACGGGCAAUUGGCCAUCUUCAACGCCCAAGUUUCUGAGUCACCGUCAGUAUGCAAACCGGGGACACCUCUCGCUACAACCACCUCGAGCGGCCCUACGCCCGUGUCCUCCUCAGCGCCUGUCAAGAGGGGUGGGUUGUCCCGUCUGAGGAGUUCGCCGGGGGAGCCUAUUCGUCUCACACCGCAGCCCGAACGUCUUCGACCCGGCCAUCCAGUUCCUCCGGACCAUCCGCAUCUCAAGGCUCCUGCUACUCCCUUCCACAUGGGCGACAAACACACCUUCUCCACAGCCGAAGAUUGGGGCCAUGAUAUCGUGUGGCACCCAGACCAUUUCCAGCCAGUCCUUCUCGACGGCGAAUGGGCAGUGGCUGUGAGGGACGUAAGUGGAGGGUGGAUAUAUGACGAUCGUUGGGACCUCGAGACAUUCAAAUCUCGCGCCUACGAUGCGGUUUUGGAGAGAUUAAGUGAGGUCAAUCGACGAAGUAAGGACGACCCUGCUCUGCGGGAAUACGGGGACAUGCUGUUCGAUUUAUUGCAGUCAAAUAAAUGGCUGGAAGUGUCCUCCGCGUUCUACGCCCUUCCGUCAAGCCCGUCAAUUAAGCAAGUGAGUUGGGAGUUGCCUGCGGGCACCCCACCGGCAGGAGUUGUGAAGCGCAAGUCUCGCGGAAAGGACGGCGAAGGGGAUGGUGAAGGCGGCGGGCAACUAGGUACCGGAGGUGGAAGUGAACAGCGUUCAACGAAACAGCGGUCGUCGGGGCACGCAGGCGGCGGAGAGGGGAAAAAGGGCAGCCGGGAGAAGAAAAAACCUCGCAGCGGAGAGAAGACAAAGCAUCACACAGGAGACGGGCAGGGGUCCGAUGUCGACCGCGACGAGGACGGUGGGGUUCUGGCGGUGACAGGCCGCACCUCAAUGGAGACGGGGAACGACUUCAGGCCUGGGUGGAUUACACGGCCUGGCGAGCAGGACCCUGUGAUUAACUCCACCAGCGCAACACAGUAUACCGAUGCUGUUGGCGGGGCAGUUGUAGCAAAGAAUGGAACUUGCUUCGCUCAGCUUCAAAAACGGUUGGCCGAUUGUCUCGGAUCUAUCCGAACCUCGGAGACGACAUCCUCGUCCGGAUCUCAGUGCCUUCCGGGAAGCGAGACGACAACAUACCACGGAUCCGGCAGCGACAAGCUCCAACCAUGUUCGGUUUCGCCUCAAAAGGAAGUUCGGAUUAAUCUGAACCCGGAAGCCAGUACCGUUGAGAGAGCACAGCGGUCUGCGGAACUCGAACGGGUGGUCCGGGUUUCUGAAAACCCUGGCGUCGAAAUUCGGAUUCAUCCGAACCAGGAGGAUGUGUCCGCCAUGACAGACGACCGGUGUCAGGACACCGUCAUGCUGUGCAUGGAAGUCCACAAGGAGCUGCAGGCAGACUGUCCGACUGAGGGUGAGUUAGCGACCAGUUUCAAUGUCGAGCCCCGCACACUCGGUGCCGAAUGCCUGGUGACAGUACGCGCUGAGUUAGCAGUCUUAAGCGACUCUCCGGUGAAAGCGGACACGUCGUCGCUGUUGGAAAGUGCGGUGGCUCGGAUGAAUCCGAACCAGGGCCGUGUGAGCAUGUCCCUCCCUUGUGCAGCUUUGGAGACGACCGUAAUUCGGAUUCAUCCAAGACACACGGACGAAGGACUUGACGGUUGUCGACUUCUGACGACUUUGGACAAGGACGAUUCCGCCGAGGACCGGAUUGAUCCGACACUCGGCGGUGUCGGGAUGGAGCAACCAGUUCAACCGACAUACGACGACCCCUUGUACUCCGGCCUUCACGACGAGGCAAUGGGAGAGGACGUUCUGAAGAAGUCCUCUGACGCUGUUGGAGAUAGAUUUCUCUAUUUGAGUGACGACGAUAAAGACACAGUGCACGAGGACAAGAAGUUAAGGGGGGGAGAGGUGUUGUUGGACAUCCAUGGGACCUUGAGCACAACAUAAUGCGACACAGUGGCGACGGAGGAAACCCAACAUGUUAACGUUGUGGACGUCGACGCUCUUUGUCAGGA